CACAACUGACAGGUGACGCCACUCGUCUUCCCACUCUUCCAGCGCGAGAAUACGCGUCGCCUUCCCAUCCGCUUCUAUCGCGGCGGGGGAAAGGGGGGGGCAGAAGAUGGCGCUCGGGCACCCCUCGGCGGCGGCAUCAUCGUCGUCGUCAUGAUCGAUGACGAUGAGCGGAGUGGACGGGCGCGGCUCGAUGAUGUUCGAUAUCAAGUCAGCCAGCAUCGCGCUUCCGCGAUUAAGCCCCUUAUCCUUCCAGCUGUUCUUUCCGCCUUCACCGUCAUCAUCGACAGUGAUGGGAAGGUUGCAGAUGCCCUUGACGCCCUGCUCGUUCGCGACGAGCGCAGCGCGCCCAGCGCCUGGAAGCGGCAUUGCGUCCUCAGAUCCACACCAUCUGCAGUCCCGCCGUCGAUGAGCGGGACAAAACGCCGCUCGCGGUCGUUCAGCAUGUGUUUCGCCGCGAAGCUAGUAUCGCUCGAUUUCAAGGCGUUCAUGGCCAUCUGCGUCUAUGUCGUGUUCCGGUUACCGCGGCUGUUGGUCGGGGCUCGUUCCACCCGUUGCACACGCAAAUGUCAGAAGCUGGUCCUACCCUUUCCCGGGCUGUCAAAUUGUUUCCUGCAGCGGUAUCAGCCACGUGAUGGCCGUGAGAUCUGGAAGGGCGUUCCACACCAGACGCAACACCCUUAUGUAGCCUUGGACGAGCCCAGCCGAAAUGGCAGACAGUCGUACAUUCCUGUGUUCGCCGUCGUCGUCCGAGAUGGCGAUUGUACUUUCCGCGUUCUUUUGCUUCAGGCCCGAAGCACCCAUGGGAGACUGAAGCCGAACAUGUUGCUGUAUGCAAAUUUGCAGUCUGGGGGCCAGCCAACAACGAAAUUUGAGUGCUGGCAAGCUUGGGAAAAUAGCCCCCGCUUCUCACAUUUCUCAGCACCGCCACGCAUGUUGAAAUGCGGUUACUGUCCGAUGCGCAGCACGUAGUGCCUAUCGCGCACCUCCAUAUGACCGGUUAGGUAGGA